GAAAGAGAACUUGUUAAAUCCUUUGGGCUUACAUAAGAGCAAUUUAUUUUUGUGCCUUCCUUUGGACAUAGUAAUUAGUCCUAGAUGGCCUUUCAGGACCUCCUGAAUCAAGUUGGCAGCCUGGGGAGAUUCCAGAUCCUUCAGAUGACUUUCAUUUUGAUCUUCAACAUAAUAAUUUAUCCUCAUUCUCUAUUGGAGAACUUCACAGCAGCCAUUCCCAAUCAUCGCUGCUGGGUCCCCAUCCUCGACAAUGACACUGUCUCUGGUAAUGACAAUAGGAACCUGAGCCAAGAUGACCUCCUGAGGGUCUCUAUCCCCCUCGACUCCGAUCUGAGACCAGAGAAGUGUCGUCGCUUUGUUCAACCACAGUGGCAUCUCCUUCAUCUAAAUGGUACCUUUUCCAGUGUGACAGAGCCAGACACAGAGCCCUGUGUGGAUGGCUGGGUGUAUGACCAAAGCACCUUUCUUUCCACCAUUAUUACCGAGUGGGACCUGGUGUGUGAAUCUCAGUCACUGGAUUCAAUAGCUAAGUUUCUAUUCUUGACUGGUAUGUUAGUAGGAAAUAUCCUAUAUGGCUCCUUAGCAGACAGGUUUGGGAGGAGGUUAAUCUUUAUAUGUGCCUCACUGCAACUGGCCGUCACUGAAACCUGUGCAGCUUUCGCUCCCACCUUCCUCAUCUACUGCUCACUUCGAUUCCUGGCAGGCAUUUCCUUCUCAACCGUUUUGACCAAUAGUGCCUUGCUCAUUAUAGAAUGGACAAGGCCUAAAUUCCAAGCCUUGGCAACAGGACUGCUAGUGUGUGCUGGAGCAAUUGGACAGACAGUAUUGGCAGGCCUGGCUUUUACUAUGCGAAACUGGCACCACCUCCAUCUGGCAAUGUCUGUACCAAUAUUUUUCUUACUUGUACCCACAAGGUGGUUGUCAGAGUCAGCUCGGUGGCUGAUUAUGACCAACAAACUCCAGAAAGGUUUAAAGGAACUUAUUAAAGUUGCACACAUAAAUGGAAUGAAGAAUUCAACUGAUGUCCUAACCAUUGAGGUUGUGAGAACAAUCAUGAAGGAGGAGCUGGAGGCCUCACAGACAAAAUCUUCCCUAUGGGACUUGUUCCGUACACCUAACUUGCGUAAGCGGAUAUGCCUCCUGUCCCUUGUGAGAUUUGUGGUAUGGUUAUCUGUGGUUGGUUUACUGAUCAACUUCCAGCACCUAAGGAUUAAUGUCUUCCUAUUGCAGUGUCUUCUUGGUAUAAUCACCAUUCCAGCCAAUUUAGUUGGAAUUUUUUUGGUGAAUCACUUGGGUCGCAGAAUAAGUCAACUAUUUAUCAUAUCCCUGUUUGGAAUUUCCAUUUUGGCCAUAAUAUUUGUGCCUCAAGAAAUGCAGAUCCUGCGCAUGGUUUUGGCAACUUUUGGAGGAGUAUUUUCUUUUGUCUCUGCUAGCAGUGCUCUUGUGCAUGCAAAUGAGCUACUUCCCACUAUAAUCAGGGCAACUGCUUUAGGAGUCAUUGGAAUUGCUGGUGGUACUGGGGCAGCCCUGUCUCCUCUGUUUAUGAUCCUUAGGACAUACUCUGACUCCUUGCCCUGGAUCAUCUAUGGAGUCCUUUCCUUCCUUGGUGGCCUUAUUGUCCUUCUCCUCCCUGAGACCAAGAAUCAGCCUCUGCCUGACUCCAUACAGGAUGUGGAAAAUGAAGGAAGAGCCUCCAGACAAGGAAAGCAGAAUGAUACUCUCAUCAAAGUGACACGGUUUUAAGGGACUCCAAGAGCUGAAAUCUGAUAAAGGAGCAAGAUAAGAAAACUGCCACUCAGAUUUGUGAUGGCCCAGGUUCACUCUAGAUAUAGCAAGAUUCCUUAUCAAGUAACGAUAUAGCAAAAACUUUGUAUUACAUUUAAAAUUUCCACAUUCAACUGAUACUUAAAUUAUCUCAAUAACAAAAUUAAAGGAAAACAUAACACAGUGAAAUAAACCUUCAGAGUUUUAAUAGACAUUUAUGAAGUUUCCACAAAGGAUGUGGAUGAACCUUCUUCCCAUUAUUGUGACAUAAUGCUUGGGAAAAUUAAAGGUGGAAAAUUUAUUGUGAAAUUCCCAUUAGUUUCAUCCCAUUGCUGUUGCGAUAAUCUCCUGUGUACUGUGUAGAAGACCGUCUUUGUAUUAUUCAAGUGCUGAUCUCAGUAUCAGCAGAGAUUUAAGUAUAGCUGGACUUUGGUAUUAUUAUUUUUAUGAAGCAUCACCAGUCUCAUUAUUCUGGAAACAUCUUCUCUAUCACCUUCUGAUUGGUAUAAUAAAAAGGCGAAUGGCCUAUGCCAGGGCAGGAGAGGAAAGGUAGAUAUUUCAUUUGUUGAGAGAUAGAAACUCUGGGAAAGAGUUGAUGAUGAAAUUGAACAGCGAAAUGUGCUAGAAACCUUAGAAUUUUGUAAAAAAAACCCAUGUUAACAGCAAAGAUUUGAAGAAAGAUUUUUCUAACAAGCCCAAGUUCUGGGCAACAAGCCCAGAAAAUUAUAAGGAAAUGUCCUACUUGUUCUUUGUAUAACCUAACACCAUCACCUGCAGAAAGUAACCCAAAAGAUACCCAAAGAAAUAAAAUUUUACAAGUGUA